AUGGAGGUACCGAAAGCCCGGGGAGCUGGCAGGUCGGGCCCGCGUCGACGGACAGGAUGCCUAACAUGCAGGGCCCGUAAGGUCCGGUGCGACGAAGGGAAACCAAGUUGCUCCAAUUGCGACCGACUGCGUCUACAAUGUCUCUAUAAACCCCCUGUCGCCCCUGGCGUGGGGUGGGGGUCAUCACCAACUCGGCCUUCAAACAAUAUAACUGCAUCGCCGAACAACACAGCGGAUAUAGGCAGCUCAGGCUCGCCCGCUGCAGCCGCUACAGCAUCCCGCUCUCCCGAUAUGAACUUCUUUAGUACCGUGCUUCGUGCAGACGGCCACACAAUAUCAACGCCGACAACCACACUUGGGCAGCUCCCUACAGACCAGGAAUCCUAUCUUUCCGAGUUUGACAUGCUUGGAUUUAUGGGCGGUGUCACCUCUGAUCUCGAACAGAAACACCUGGACUUGACAACCGGGCUCUCGAUGGCUUUCACGGCUAGUCCGGCGUUGCAGUCGCUACCCGCAACACUUAUACCAGGCAUGGAUGAAGGGUACUUUUCAGCGGACCGCCGAGUCCCAUUUACUCCAGAUACCUCGCCUUCACUUGUUGAUAGGACCUCGAUUGACAGUGCUGCAGAAGUGCCAACUACGCGGGGCAGCUUGUCCGAUGCAGGCGGCACUUCAUAUGAGGACCAGUUGCUACAGCACUUUCUGACUAUUGACCCGCCGGCUGCUCUUUUUGCGCCGGUAAACAUCGAGUGGAAACUGUCCAGUUCGGAGAUCCAAGCUUGUAUUCAUGGCGAGGUGACCGAGUCUACACUCAUCAAAGUUUUUGGUGCUGUCUUUCUCUUAAUGAUAUCCGAGAUCCUCUCAUCUCCCGAAAUAUGUACCGGAACUUCUUAUAUCCACUCCGGAUACCUUAUACUACAACGAUUCCAUAAUCGUACCCGACAUUGGACCGGCCUCGGUCAUCUCCUAGUGUCAUGGGUCUCGCUGCUAGAUGUCAAGUCCCUGAUCGCAGGCCGAGAUGGCGACCCUCUCACUGAGCUCGGCAACAUCCCAGAACAUAGACUAGAUACGCAAAAUUCCCAAACACCUCACACGAAAGCGCCAACAGACAGCAUCGAAGACCCAUUCCUCAGCCCAAACUACCUCAUCUACGAAUCAAUCGUAGGCCCAGCAUUCCGAUUCUUCGUACAAGCCCAACAAGUCGUCCGACGGAUAGUCUGCAUCGACCUCCACCACCGCAGCCGCGGAACCCUAACGGACGAGUUCGAAGUACUCCAACUCGCCCACAAAGUCGGCGCAGACCUCGAAACACUCUGGCACCGCCGUCCCUCAGUAAUAGACGUCUACGGCCGACCAGAAGCCCUAACAGAUAUCCUGUGUGUGCCUGUGGCAUCGGAAAUCUGUCGCACAUUCCGACAAUACGUGGCCAACUUCUUAGCGAACUUUAUCUACUUGCAUCGCGUUGCGUUUGCAAUCUACCCUCGCACAGACCGCGUCAACGGCGCCAUCGAUCAGAUCAUCCAACUGGCUACCGUUGACUCUACCGGGCGGGACCAUCUGCCCGUUAGCUUCCUAUGGCCGUUGUUCGUUGCUGGGCUUGAGGGUACGGAUGAUCAGCGCAAGUGGAUUGUCCAUGAGAUUCAGCGUAUGGCUGCUGCCCAUGAAGCUAACUCGGCGCCUUCGGUUACUCGCCACCCGGCUGUUGAUAGGGUUCUCGUGCUUGUGGAGGAGAUGACUCGGCGGCAGGAUGUGUCGAGCACAUGGGCGGACUCGAAAUGUGUGAGGCGGGAAUUGUUUUCGGAUUUUUUCGUGAUGAUUUGA